CCUUUCUAAACGGUUUCGAUGUUUAAGAAUGGGACUUAUUACAUGUGUGGGGGGCACUCGUGGAGGGCUCAUUCGAAUCUCAAGUCAGAGUCGCGAUAGAAGUGGUAUCAAGAACCGGUGCGAUUUCCUUUGGAUAAUUUAAAGUUAAUUUUUUCACAUUUAAAUUUAAAAUGACACUUCUACCCCCGACUGUGGAACAACAAAAGCGAAUUGACGAAGAACUGCCACCUGAUCCCGAAAUGAGAAAACGUGACAUAAUUGCCAUAAAAGAAUGGUUAGCCAAACAACCUCAUCUACCAAAAAACAUGGAUGACAAAAGACUAGAAAAUUUCCUCUUCGGAUGCAAGAACAGUAUUGAAAGAUGCAAAUUAAUUUUGGAAAGAUACUACAGUGCGCGAACAGCUUUACCGGAAUUUUUCGCAAAUAGAGAUCCUUUGGCGAAGGAAAUACAAGAGUGCUGUAAAUCUGUACAAUAUUUUCUCUUACCAUCUCUGACACGAGAAGGGCACAGAGUAACAAUUCUACGAUUGAAUAACAAAGCAUUGGAAAAAUUUUCCCUGCAAGCAAUAACUCGGAGAAUUUUAAUGGUAAUGGAUCUUCGUUUAAUGGAAGAAGCUUCAUUGUCGAACAUCAUGGUUCUUGAUUUAGAGGGUUUCAGUGCAGGACAUUUUGCAAAGUGCAGUCCAACACAAUCGAUUGUUCGAAGGGCAAUGCUUGCCAUACAGGAUAGCAUGCCCUUUCGGUUACACCGAGUGCAUUACCUCCACGCACCGACAUUUAUUGAAAGUGUUCUUAACAUUUUCUACCCUCUGCUCAAGGAAAAAUUAAUUCAAAAGUUUCGAAUUCAUACUGGAGGUGGAGAAGAUUUAUAUCCAUAUGUAGAGCAAGAAAUUUUGCCAAAUGAAUGGGGAGGCAAUGCUGGAACUUUUGAAGAAUUGAACGAUGCAUGGUGCAGAAAAAUUGAAAAGCACAAAGACUGGUAUUUAAGGGACGAAAAAAUCAGCAAGACAGAUGAAAAUUUACGAAUGCCCAGUCACAAAUCGUUACUUGCAAAGGAACUCGACGGAAUGCAAGGUUCAUUUCGACAAUUAAAUAUCGACUGAAAAUUUUUAGCGACGCCUGUGUCUCGAUAAUCGCAAGCUUCUGCAACAGCAAAUCGACAAGACAGUACCCUACAAUAUCAAAACACGGGAACUUAUUAUUUGAAAAUAUCUUCAAAAUCGUUAUAUUAAAUUUUCUUAUGCAAGAGAAUAGAUUUUUAUCUCAAAAUUCCAUACAUUUUCUUCAAAAUUUGUAUUCUAAAACUAAUUAUUUUUAGUAGUUCAAAUAAUAAAUUGAAGAGAUUUCAUAUUUUCAAAAAAUGAAUAAAAAAAAAAAAAUAAAAAAAAAUGAAUGAAAAAUUUUUUUAAUAAAAAUAUAUAUUUUAAACGCAAUACAUAUUUAAUUGUAAAAACAGAUGUAUAGCAUACAACAUCCAAUGGGAAGAAUUGAUUUUUUAAAUAAUGACGUCACUAGAAAUAUUCAGCAUGCGCAAACUGCAUUGAAAGAUAUCAAAGGCAUUAAAUACA